CUCACGAACUCGAAGCCAGAGAAGAUUGCAGAGAGAGGAGCAAUGGGCUGCGUCUCUUCCAAGCACGUCCGGAAAGAACGGGAACGCGAGGAUCGCCAGCAUCGUCCUCGCCACGGUCACGGUCACGGGCAGGCCGUCUCCGAUGAUGGCGGCCGCCACGCGACCCGCGCUGCCCCCGUGCCCGACCACGUGGUCUCCCUCACCUCCAGCACUUAUGGGGUCCUCAGGCUGGACAGCGAGGAGCGAGGGUUGCCGUCGCCGCUGCAGCGAGGAGAAGUCGCUGCGCAGAGCAAGAGAUUGAAGGGCGGGUCGCCGGCUCGCGGCAGCGGGAGGAACCCCUGAAGUCAUCAAUGCGUGGGAGCUCAUGGAAGGCCUCGAGGAGGACGGAGCAACGGCGCCGGCGGACCGGGACAGGAAGACCCCGAGCCCGAGGCCACGAGGAUUGCUCCAAGGCCUCACGGGCAUCGGCGUGAAGACCCCGCUCAGGUUCAUGAACCAGAUUGGCUCUCCGAGGAAGGCGAACACCUAUGGAGGCAAGGAAAACAGGAAAUCCGACGUCACCCCAAAAGAGGCCUUGAGAUCGCACAAGUCGUUGGAGAGUUCGUGCAGAGCAGCGAAGAAUCUGAGAAUUUCGACCGUUGGGAUUCCAUUUGGAGGGAAGAGGAACAGCUUCGGGAGUGAUCACGGGGUCACGUCCCGGCGGAGUCUUGGCCCUCUGUUCGAUCCGGCGCUGCUGGAUUCGUACGAGAAAGAGCUGUCUCAAGGCGAAGAGCAUAUCAAGAAGAUGAUUUCGCCGUCAGCCAAGAUCAGGAAAAGAGAAAUUUCAAGGACCCCGAGUCCGUCCUCCGAACGUUCCAGCAAAAAUGCCCGCCCAGUGGAGACAAUGCGGUGGUCAUAUACACCACCACAUAUUGAGCGCCUCAUAUCUUGA